AAAUAUAUCUUCCAUUCUUGAUUGUUGGGCUCGAAUAGACUAAAAGAUGUCAAUCCUUAUCCUAUAUAAAGCCCCCAAUUCAUCAAACAAGAUCAUCAUUCCAUCUUUGGAGCUAAAAAAUCAGUUUUUAUAUUUCCUUUUUGCAUUUUCUUGAAGUGUUGGAGAAGAAGCCAUUUCUCUCCUCUACAAUUGGUUCUAGUUCAGCCCGGUCAAGAUGAAGGAAUGAUGGUUAACGAGUCUUUCCAUGUGGCGUCAAUUAUACAUUUGUUGCCGCCGGCUUGGAAGGAUUUCAAAAACUACCUUAAGCAUAAGCGAAAGGAAAUGAACUUGGAGCAAUUGAUCCUCCGUCUUCGGAUUGAAGAGGAUAACCGGAAGAACGAUGGGAAAUUCCCAAUUGUUCACGACGCCAAGGCCAACGUGGUGGAGCAAGCAAAAGGCUCCAAAAAUAAAGGCAAUGGGAAAGAGCAAGCUUGGUCCCAAAGGAGGCGUUUCCAAACCCAAAUUUAAUGGAAAAUGCUUCAAUUGCAACAAAAAUGGACACAAGUCCUCGGAUUGCAAGGCACCAAGGAAGAAGAAAGACUCUCAAGUCAACAUGGUGCAAGGUGGGCAAAAGGAUGAAGACAUCAUUCUUGCGGCCGUGGUGACCGAGGUCAAUCUCGUUGGAUCCAAUUCCAAGGAGUGGUUCGUGGACACUGGUGCAACCCGACAUAUUUGCUCUAACCGGGAGCUAUUCACAACCUUUGAGAAAUCAAACGGUGAGAAGGUGUGGAUGGGGAAUUCUUCUCAUUCCAAGGUUGAAGGCGUGGGCAAGGUGGUCCUGAAGACGACUUCGGGCAAGGAGCUGACUCUCAACAAUGUGUUGUACGUCCCAGAGAUACACAAAAACCUGAUCUCGGGCUCUUUGUCGAACUAGCUGAUAGCCGUUAUAUUUACUUGUGUUUGACAUAAGUAUUUAUAAGUAUUUGUUGAAGAAAGGAAGAGAAAUCGGUCAAAUACCUCCAGAAUGAGAGCUAGAGCAUAAAACAUUGUGAUGAACGACUUUUUAGACCAAGAGAAUGACGUUAUGCCCAUAAUUUGAAUAUAAAGUAUUCUAUAGAACUCAAAAUCACUCGAUUCGAGUUUCAUAUGAAUGCUAACUCAAUAAGGUACAAAUGUUAUGAAGACGUCAUGGCCAAAAUAUGAAAGGAACAAGACUCAAUCAACCAACAAAGUCAGAUGUUGCUGGUGGGAUUUCAGAAUGCAUACCUCUCAGUGUUUUAGCCAUAACGCUUGAUUGGAUGAAUAAAAUCACGUCAUUCAAGUUUUGGUGGAUAGAAGACUUCAUUAUAUACAACUUUGGUGAAGGAAUCAUGUCCAAAUUCGUAGCGGAACAUCCUCAAAAUCCUGGGACAAAAACCGACACUUUUUGAUCAAUUUCGGAAGAAGAGAAAGGAAGCGCAUUUUUGGGCGUUGCAACCGGAGCCGGUCAGCCUAGAACCGGCGCCGGUUGGAAGGAUUUUUUGCACUAAACGAGCCUGUUUGCGACCGGGGCCGAUUCUAGACUGACCGGGGCCGGUUGGGACGAUUUCAGCUCAAACAAAAGGUCGUGCAAGAGGAUUUUUUAUGGGAAAACUUCACCUUUCUCAUCUUUUGAUCAAAUAUUUCUCCAUACCUGAUUGUUGGGCUCGAAUAGACUAAAAGAUGCCAUUCUUUAGCCUAUAUAAAGCCUUCAAUUCAUCAAGCAAACACAUUCCAUUCCAUAGAUUAAAUCAUAGCUUUUAUAUUUUUGUUCUUGGUAUUUUCUUCAAGUUCUUGAGGAGGAAACUUCAACCUCCAAAACCAUUGGUGUUUAGGUAUUAUUUCCUUUGUAAUUUCAUGUUCCAUUACAUUUCAUAUUGUAUUGUGAUUAAUAUGAGCAUUAGAGGCUAAUUUCUUAGCUAAGGCUAGGGAUGAACCUCUAUG